UUAUCCUCGACGUCUCCGGCCGAUGUUGUGAAUUCAUGCCCGCCGUACCAGACGUCUUGCAGAUCGCAGAAAUCGCAGUGAGAUCCCUGACAUUAGGUCGCUACAAUGUCACAUGUGAGUAUGCCCUCCAUUUAUACGAAUGGUUGCUAACCCUCGACGAGGAAAUCACCCUGAUUCACCGGGCCCGCUGGAAUGCGAUAAAAGUCGCCUACUUAUUCAGUCGAUAUUACCCGCUCCUAUUCUUCCCGGUGCAUAUGUGGGCUUGGCUGGGUGACCAUAGUCUCCAUACGUGCCACAGUAUAGUCCGCCUGUUGUACUGCAUGGUUAUCCCAUUUCCCAUGUCUGCGCAAGCGGUAAUAUUGUUCCGAACGUACGCGUUCACGGGCCGGCAAAAAGUCAUACUGGGUAUCCUGUGCCUCGCUUUUGCGGUCCUGUUUGCUGUCGAAGUGUGGAUUUUCGGCGCCAGUUUCUCACUGGCCGAGGAACUCUUCGUCCUUUACGGAAGGACAGCUUGCUUUGGCAACGACAAGUUUGCGCAAUCGCAGGCCUUUGUCUAUCAACGUGCUUACCAUACUGCGUCCCUUUUUCUUGCUGCAUUUGGACUCGACUGCCUGUGUAUUGGCCUGGUCAUAUGGUACUGCUUCUCUGAGCCGAGCAUUCGAUGCCGGCUGGCGACCACUUUCGUUGAACAAGGGAUCGGCGCAUUCGUCGUGAUGUCUGUGCUGAAUCUGCUGUCCGCUGCGUUAUACUUCUCCCCCUUACGACAGUAUGAUGGCAUGAGCUUACCUUACACUAUGAUACUCCCCAACAUAAUUAAUUACGUUGACGAACAACUGUCCGUGCUACGACAAUUACUACAAAACAGUAGGGAGAUUUGCGAAGACAGCAAAGAUGUCAUGAAUAAGCGCGAUCAGGCUACGAACGCCCGGGAGGAGGAGAAAGAUCGUCGCUCUGGGGACAUUCGUUCCAAAGUUGCCCAGAUGCGCGAUCACCAAGACGAGGAUCUCAGAAACAUCAUAACCAGAGGCGAAGGUCGCCCUGCCAUUAUAAGAUGUUCUGCGAAACCUGAUCCAAGUCCCCCGCUAGAUAAAUCCCCGCAAAUGGAGUUCUUGACGCAGCAGCUGCACACCGCUCACGAGGAGCGCAUGGAGAUGCUGAGGACGUUUGUGGCAGAUACUCUUGCGAUCAACAGACGAAAUCAAGAAGAACUUCGAGCAGCCAUCGAGGAAAACAACCGCAGGAGAUAA